GUGAGUUAGAUUUUUGUGAAGAUAUUCGUUCAUGCACUGCUCUAACUCUUUCUUUUGAGAGACUCCACAGGAAAGAGAGACGGAGUUGCUCACUCUUUCUGCUUCAUCAAUAUCAUUCAGAAUUAAUGGAGAAGUCUAAUUCUAAUCCCAGAAAAUCAUCAACGAACAGGAAUAGAAUGGUUUUGGAGAAAGGGGUUGUUGGGCUUGGAAUAGUGGCAGCCAUGAGUGUGACCAACAUCAACAACUCCAUUGAUGUUGUUUCCUCUGCUAAACCUGCUGCAAACUUUUCCACAAGCUAUGACCUUUUCCAUGCUUCCCCUCUCAACACUGGAACCCGCUUUCUGUUUCCCACUCCUCAUUUUCUCAACUCCUGCAACCUUUGCUACAAACAUCUUCAUGGGAUCGACAUCUUCAUUUACAGAGGCGAGAAAGCGUUUUGUAGUGCACAAUGCCGUGAGGCUCACAUUAGAAACUACGAACAUGAGCAAGACAAGUACUACUACAAACACAAUAAUGCCCUCAAUGUGUCUGUGCCUAUUCUUGCAGCAUGAACCAACCAACGUACACAACAUUAUAAUGAAUCAGAUGCUUUAUUUUAUUAUCA